AUGGCGAUCACUGUGAGGCGGUCGACGAUGGUGCGCCCGGCGCGGGAGACGCCGCGGCAGAGGCUGUGGAACUCCAACCUCGACCUCGUGGUGCCGCGCUUCCACACGCCCAGCGUCUACUUCUACCGCCGCGACGGCGCCGCGGCGCCGGCGGAGGGGUUCUUCGACGGCGAGCGGAUGCGGCGCGCGCUGGCAGAGGCGCUCGUGCCGUUCUAUCCGAUGGCGGGCCGCCUCGCGCGGGACGAGGACGGGAGGGUCGAGAUCGACUGCAAUGGCGAGGGAGUACUCUUCGUCGAGGCCGACGCGCCCGACGCCUCCGUCGGCGACUACGGUGACUUCGCGCCCACCAUGGACCUGAAACGCCUCAUCCCGACCGUGGAUUACACCGACGACAUCUCGGCCUUCCCUCUACUCGUGCUCCAGGUGACUUAUUUCAAAUGUGGAGGCGUCUCUCUUGGUGUUGGCAUGCAACACCAUGUUGCGGAUGGCAUGUCUGGCUUGCACUUCAUUAACUCAUGGUCUGACCUCUGUCGUGGAGCUCAAAUUUCUGCCAUGCCCUUCAUUGACCGCACUCUGCUUCGCGCUCGUGAUCCACCAACUCCAUCUUUUCAACAUAUCGAGUACCAGCCUGCCCCAGCUAUGUUGUCCUCCACACCCCAGUUCCUUGCUUCCAAGUCAAAGCCACUUGCCACUGCUGUGGACAUUUUCAAGCUCACUCGCUCAGACCUUGGCCGGCUGCGCUCACAGCUUCCUGCAGGGGAAGGUGCACCCCGGUUCAGCACAUAUGCAGUGCUAGCGGCACAUGUCUGGAAAUGUGUCUCCCUUGCACGCAGCCUACCUCCUGAACAACCCACCAAGUUGUAUUGCGCUACUGAUGGGCGACAACGGCUACAGCCUCCACUACCAGAUGGUUACUUUGGCAAUGUCAUCUUCACUGCGACACCACUUGCUGAGGCUGGCAAGGUGACCAGUGAUCUGGCAAAAGGAGCAGCAGUCAUCCAGGGAGCACUGGAUAGGAUGGACAAUGACUACUGCCGUUCAGCGCUGGACUACCUGGAGCUGCAACCGGAUUUGUCAGCACUGGUGCGUGGAGCACAUACCUUCCGGUGCCCGAACCUAGGGCUCACCAGCUGGGUGCGCCUUCCUAUCCAUGAUGCCGACUUCGGAUGGGGCCGGCCUGUGUUCAUGGGGCCAGGCGGCAUUGCAUAUGAAGGUCUGGCGUUUGUCCUCCCAAGUGCGAAUGGAGACGGCAGCCUGUCCAUUGCUAUCUCGUUGCAGGCUGAGCACAUGGAGAAGUUCCGGAAGCUAAUCUGCGAAGUUUAA